GGGGUUGCUUUAAAACAAUUUUGUAAUAUAUAUAAUCGAAUAACGCAGUGUAUUUUUAAAAACAGAACUGUUGUGUGUAGACACGAGCGUGAUACACAACAAAUUGUGACUGAUCAAUGAUUCAUUUGUAACAGACAUUCUGCAUGACUGUCAUUCAACAUUAUUAAUCACUAAAGUGUCGAAUGAUCGAGGUGAUUACGGUUAUGAUUAUGAAUACAGUUAGGUUACAUUGUAUUAAUGUUCAAUCCGUCACAUAUUCAUUCAUGGCUCAUAAUUUAAUUAAUUGAGGUUGUAUUGAUGAUCCAUACCAAAUGGUCACACUUUAUGUUAAUGUCAACAAAUGGUUAAACACUUACGCGAUAAUAAUAGUAUGUGGCUAUCAGGGCGGCAUGUUUGGCUCAACCAAUGGCGUGUGUUUGGGGCGGGACUAAUUUUUUUUAUCGACCAAUGGCAGACGGAGGCGGUGUUCUGGGGAAACCGGUUUGACAACAGAUUAUUUUUGAACAGAUUAUUGUUUGAUGUCACUAGUGGCGCUAAGGUCAUGUCGUCCAUUAAAGUUGAAUGUGUUAUCAAAGAACAGAAUGAAGUCGGUGAGAGUCCGGUCUGGGAGGAGAAGGACUCCACUUUGUUGUAUGUUGAUAUUCUGGGUAAAAGGGUCAGCCGGUGGAACUCACUGACCAAUCAAAUAGACAGUAUUACCACAGAGAAACUUGUAGGCUGUGUGGUUCCACGGCAGGCAGGUGGUUACGUCAUUGCGGAGGAAACACGGUUUGCAUUUGUUGACUGGGUAAAGCGUUCAGUUACACCUGUCGCCAAUGUCAAUGACAGGGAAAAACCAAACACCCGCUUCAAUGAUGGAAAAGUAGAUCCAGCUGGCAGGUUUUUUGCAGGUACCAUGGGUUUGGACAUGAAGCCUGACGUGACGGAUGGGGCGCUGUACACCCUCCUUCCUGACCAAUCUGUUGUCCAGCAUUUUGACCAAGUGCACCUCUCCAACGGUUUGGACUGGUCACUGGAUCACCGCAUCUUCUACUAUAUCGACAGCCUGGCGUUCAUGGUGGAGGCCUUUGAUUAUGACAUCCAGACUGGAGGGCUGUCUAACCGCAGAAUGGUUUACAAGAUGGAGAAAGAUGAAGGCAUACCAGACGGUAUGUGCAUAGACACAGAGGGCAAACUGUGGGUUGCCUGCUACAGUGCAGGAAGAGUGCUGCGUAUCGACCCACAAACAGGCACACGAAUGCAGACAGUGAAACUACCAGCUGAGAAAACCACUUCAUGCUGUUUCGGAGGGAAAGACUACAGUGAUCUCUAUGUCACCUCAGCGUAUGCAGGCAUGGAUGCAGAUUCACUAGCCAAGCAUCCUGAAGCUGGCUGCACAUUUAAGGUGUCUGGUUUAGGAGUGAAGGGCAUCCCACCAUUCUCAUACACUGGAUGAAAACCAAGGAAAAAGUGAUUGUUAAUGAAAGCGUCAUGAUCAUUUUGCAGUCACAAUACAACAAUAGUGUUCUAAUCAUGCAGUUAGAGUAUCAGUGAUACUCGCACCUCAUAUAAUAUUAGAAAAUCUUACCUCAUUCCAGAUGAUUUCCAUAAUGUUUGACAUUUCUAAUAUUAGAUACAAUUAUUAUUAUAAGUAUUAGAGACAAGCAUUUUGUCUAGACAGCUAAAAUCAAAGAUGUAAUUGUAUGUGGAAUAAUAUGCAUUUUAAUUUAAUUCAAUUUAAAUCAACUACACAAAGAGCGAUCUGUGACUUUGCACACAUUUUAGGAGAUUAUUUCAAGUAAUGUAUUUUUGGGUCAUUUAGGGUAACUUGUAAUCACAAAUGUGAUGUUGGUUUGGCUCUGCUGCUGAAGUGAGUCAGACAACCAUGAUUUUAAAAUGUAAUUAUGAUUGAAUUUUUUUUUUUUUCUCUCUUCCAAGUCAAAAAGACAAACCAUUCACAACCUAAUGUAUGUCCAUAAUCUUUAUUUCAGAGUAAAACCUUUUCAGCGAGAAAAUGUAGCCAGGACUUAAUUUUACUGGGAAUUGAUUAGAUCGUAACAGUUGUUAUAUGCCAGAAUUGUGGUUGGAAGGAAGGGGCUGAAAACGGAUUUGUUGCGUCAGCUGAAAUGUCAUUUCAGACCGUGCAUUAAGAGGGGUGAAUAGGGUCAGUUUCAUGUUGACUUAAGGAUACUAAGUAAACCUACAGGUUUUGGUGCAAAGGUUUAAUAGAUUCAUUCAUUUUGUUUGUUGGUUUGCUGUAUUUGUGAAUCUUUCUGCUUAACCUGAAAUAAUAAGAUAAAAGUUUAAAAAUUAAAUGAU